GCAUAUACCUACCUGAUAAAUAUAAAACUAUUGCUGUACAAUUUCCCACAUUAGGUGCGUGUUUUUACAUUGUUUUGAAUACAAAAAUCGGCUUACUUCUAAUCAAAAUGGCUCUCUGUGUUUGUAAAUGUUUAAACGUAACAUUGGAAAGUGAUAAAGUUGAAGAUAACAUUGAUAUCGGAAAACUGGAGAUAGCUACUGCGGAACAAAGGGAUAUUUUUUUCAGUGAGAGCCUUCUCUCAUGUCCUGCAAAACUAUUGAAAACAACAGUAGUGCAGCAAGCAUUGGUCGGGCAGCGCACAGUAGGCCGCUGGACAUUGCAUUCGUGCCUUGCUUGCGGCAUAACAACACAUGCUGUGCUCAAUGGAAAAUCAAAUGAUACAAACAUAGUACUUGUCCCAAAAUCAAUUCAAACCACAGUGGAUCAUGUGAACAGUUUAAAAAAAUCAAAUAAUUUCUCACCAGUCUUCAACUUGUUGGUGCCAGAAAUUACUAAUGAUAUCGAAAUGAAAGAGAACAUAGACACAAACAAUGUUAUGUUAAGCGACAAAAAGGCUUGGGCGCCGAUUCCGCCGGUCGUAGGCAGUCUGAGCAAACAGCUCAACCAAACUCUGCAGUCUCAGCUCGAAGCGGUGGAAGAGUCUGUGAGACAAUUUAGGGAUCAGAAAUACGCAGAAUUCGAGGCUUACAAAGAAAGAGCCCAGAGAGAUCAUAAAAUUUUAGCUAGCAUCAUAAGCAAGGCGCGCGUCGAUAGCGACGGCCGGCGACACGACGCGAGCGUGGACAACGGCCCGCCCUCCCCCCAGCUACCUCCCCUCCAGAGACGAAGACUGUCCUCCAUCAAAGAUGCCAAAAAACUUUCACACCAUGUCCCAAAGCACAACAGAAAUUUCCCUCCAGAAGAAGAUUCAUUAGAUGCUGAAGAGCUGUUUGAUUUGGAAGGCACGGACUCUCGGCAGAACAUGAUAUCGGAUCAGGAUGAUUACGAUUCGGAUGAGGGUAGUAACGACGAGGGCAUCCACAUCUCGCGCCCGCGCGGCGGCGGCGCCGACAUCGCGCGCUCUCUGCCCGUCAACAUGCCAAACUUCCCGUUCCAAAGGGAAAUACACGACGAGCAUGACGACGACGUGGAGCCGACGGACAUCGCCGCGAGCAUCAAGGCGCUGGCGCGGUCGGUGCACGGCGACGCGUACGAGCUGCCGCGGCCGCGCUUCUCCACGCAGAUCUAGCCAGUAAGCACACCUCUCCACAGGACUCCGCUCCACUCACUCACCGUCUCGCGCGAUCCAAUCGAUGGCCACGCAUUGGUGCUUUCCAAUUGUGAUUACUUACAGUGACCCUAACCCCGUACUGACAUAAUAAUAAUAAUUAUACAACAUAAUGAACUUAUGGCAGCGAUCGUUAGAAACUUUUUUAUAUCCGCGCAAUCGUGUUGCGAUAAAUCACGACGCAGUCACGCUAAAUUUGCGUUUUUUUUUUUAAUUUUAUUUUUAAUAAUGAUCAUGUGCAAUUUUUACAAAAAUGUUAAUCGAAAUUAACUCAUUUAAUAACCUUUAUUGCAACUGAAGGUGUUACGUUUAAGUAUACAUAAAAUGUUAGAGUGUAAGCAUGAGGCUAUAUUAAAACGUUAUAACAUUCAAGCAGAAUCAAAAACAAUUUUAGGCCCGCCGUACACGCCCAGCUCGAGCAGUUAGCCAGUGAACAACAUACACGGUCCGCUCUUGUAUGCAGUCAUAGUCAACAGCUUAAAGCUCCCGCUGAUAACUGCUGGAGCAUAGAAAAUGAAAUUGUGACUAGUAUUAAGUGCUCAACAAGGACAACAAGUCACAAUUUCAUUUUCAUUCAAAUCGGCAGCAAUGUGGAUUUUGAAAAAGUAGCACCAUUGCUACUUUGUACGUUUCUCGAGCAGUCAGUGCAGUGGCGGCAGCUUGACUGCGCGAUGAAAUUUCACCAUGCUGCCAACCGCCCGAAGCAGUCACAACUGCUCGAGCGGUUCCGUGUAUGUGAGUAAGUAGAAUAAGUUAGUACAUGCAGCAUUCGCAGCUUGAUGCUGUCGUUUCCAGCUGUCCGUGUAUGGCGGGCCUUAUCCAAUAAUGUUAAAACAUUCUCUGCUCAUAAAUAUACAAAAAUACUAAUUUGGCUAAAAUGUCAUGAUGUCAAUACGCAUAUUCAAUCAGGCACGUUUUUAAUAUUAAAUGGCAUAACAUUAGGAUAAGUUGUACAAAGAAAUUAAUCUUAAAUGUUUCAAAAUUAUUAGUAAACCAGCAAAUAAUUUUAUUAGGAGUGCUGAUAUAAAAUUACAUUCAUCAAAGUAAUUGCCUGUUUUCUGCUGGACCUAAUCCUGAAUGCCUGUGUAUUCUUUAACAUUCAAGUAGAAGAAUAACAAAUGUGUCUGUGACUUGCAUUGAAUUUAUGUACAUAAAAUUAUAUGAAAACAACUAAAUAUAUUAAAUGUUAACAUCUAAGUCAUAUCCCCGUUAAUAGAGUCAUUCUAUUAUUUUUAUCUGGUGUUAUCUUAUUGAUAAGUGAAAAAAUGUACAAAAAUUAGUACUUGCAUUUCUUACUAGUCGUAUAGGGUCACGAAUAUUUGCCAGAUUUAGAUAGUCUGUAAAUCACAUCUAUACUUAAAAUAUGCCUAUUAAAAAUUUCAUGAAAUUGUAAAUAAAAGUAAGAUCAUUGUUAUGGCUUUCGAUUAUAUUAGAAAUUUUGAAAGGCGUUUAUUUUUAUACCCAAUGUUUUGAAUGUUUAUGUGAACGGAACUAUCGAGUCAGGAGUAGGUUUGAAGAAGUUUAAUCUUUCAUUUUAUAACGUGUAUUGUUUUAUAGACUUUAAGUACUUUGCUGUAGCUAUUAAGUUAGGUUUUUAUAAAUACUUUUGUGUGUAGCUGAACAAAUGAUCUUCUACAUGUCAGUGUCUUCCAAUAGCACUGUUCUUUGAAAUGAAAAAUACCUGGUGAUUUUUUAUUGUGAUGUCAAUUUUCCAGUCAGUUGUUUUAUUUUAGUCGUUUCAAUGGAGCGAACGUUAAGCGAGGGACUUUGUAAUGAAAAUAGGAAUUAUGAAAUAAAUAUUGACAUUAAAA